AUGUCGGUUGCCGCCUCAUCAAGAGGCUGGUUCCUAUUGGUGGUCAUGAACCUCUUGGCGAUAGGGAUCGCUCUCUGCAUGUUGCAGACAAACCGAUGGGAUGUCAAGCCUUGUGCGUUUGCGACGAAGCAACCGGCAACCCCAUCAAGAAGUGUCCAGAAACCACAUGUCCUUGAGUUUCCCAGGUUAUUCCAAGCCCCGCUGUGCGAUCCAAGCAAUAACACAUCCGUCCCAAAAGGCGUCUGCGAGAACCUUGCAGACACAAUGGACGAAAUCAAAUACCGUCAAACAUAUCUCAGGCUUCUGAAAUAUUUCGAUGAAAUGGCGACGAAACACAAAUGGACGUAUUUCAUGACUUCUGGUACACUUCUUGGGUCCUGGAGGCAUCAUGACGUCAUACCUUGGGAUUUGGACAUGGAUUUAUUGGUUGAGUAUGAAGAUCGGAUUGACAUUGUUGAUAGAAUAGAGGAGCAGGAACGGUUUGUUCCGAAACAGUGCACCCAUCAUAAAAUACGCCUACACGACCGUGACAACGUCGAGCGCAGCUAUUACUGGCGGGGCCUAGGACGGUAUUCCAUACCAUCGAUAGACAUUUUCUUUUUCAAUCGAAACAGGACUCAUAUCCAGCGUUCGGACUACCCGGAAGAGUACGUUUUCGAACUUCACCACAUAUUCCCUUUGCAUAGGCGCCCCCUAUCGAACCUAAUGCUUUUGUCACCACGUGACCCUAUCAGCCAUCUUGUGACGCUUUACGGCGCUACGGACGAAUGUGGGGGUUUGGGUAGGCAACAGAAAUGCGAUCUUUAUGAACCAUACGUGCCCUUCGUGCACCGGAGGUGGUUUAAUGGUUUAAUGGAGGAAUCGCUGGUUCUGAAUGGGACUGUGUUGCAGGUGAAACAGAUUGAUGAGAUGGAUAUAAGCCUACCCCUUAGCCCGUACACCUUGGAAACAAAGAGUUCGCAAACUAAGGCUAAAGAUUAA